UUUUUUUAAUUAAAUUUCAAUUUCAAUUUUUUCCAUUGAUUCAACGUUCGAGGAUUUUUCGAAACCUUAGCUUUGCGAGAGAGGAACAAUUCUCUCUCUCUAUCUAUAUCUCUCUCUCUGUUCUAUGAGCUUCACUUCAAUUCCCGCCACUUCUCUGAAAGCAUAGGUUUGUAAAGGAUAUGGCUGAGUUAAAAUUAGAGGAGUGUUGUAUGGAGAAUAAGCAAUCUACUGUUGCUUCUUGCUCCUCUGCGUCUGAAGGCAGUGGCAGUGCAAUUCACAAGUCUCCUGGGAUAUGUAGCCCGACAUCAACAUCGCCCCCACAUAGGAGGACAACAGGUCCUAUAAGGCGUGCUAAGGGUGGUUGGACAGCAGAGGAGGAUGAGACAUUAAGGAAUGCUGUUGCAGCUUUUAAGGGAAANAGUUGGAAGAAAAUAGCUGAGUUUUUUCCCGAUCGAUCAGAAGUUCAAUGUCUGCACAGAUGGCAAAAAGUCCUUAAUCCAGAACUUGUUAAAGGACCAUGGACACAGGAGGAGGAUGAUAAAAUUGUUGAACUGGUGUCAAAAUAUGGGCCUACAAAAUGGUCCUUGAUUGCCAAGUCUUUGCCUGGUCGAAUAGGGAAACAGUGUCGAGAGCGGUGGCACAAUCAUCUUAAUCCUGAAAUAAAGAAGGAUGCGUGGACUUUGGACGAGGAAUUAGCCUUGAUGAAUGCUCAUCGUAUACAUGGGAACAAAUGGGCUGAAAUAGCUAAGGUCCUUCCUGGAAGGACUGACAAUGCCAUAAAGAACCACUGGAAUAGUUCUUUGAAGAAGAAGCUGGAUUUUUACUUGGCCACAGGAAAACUUCCACCAAUUCCAAAACACACUCCACUAGCUUCUGCCAAAGAUCCAAUUAGACGUUUUGCUACUAAAACAAUACCUGUUUCUUCUAAUAAAGAAUUAAAUGUAGCUGUCGAAACAUCGUCGGAAACUACAGCCAUUAGUAAGCCAGAUGACGGUGGCAAGAACCAGUUUGAGUCCUCAGGAACAGCUAGAGAAGUUGGCGAUUCAUCAAGUGUCCCUGCAAUUGAAUCUACUGAUUCUGACUGUGCUGAAUGUAGGCCUGAAACUUCCAACAUUGAUCUUAGCUGUGGAAACUCAGAACAAAUCUCAAGAGCUAAUUUUGGAACAAUGUAUGGGCCGAAAUCCGAAAAUUCUGCACUCAAUGGAAACUCAAUAAAUGGGCAUUGUUUAAAUGGUAAAAUGAGCAAUAGCAGUAGCAGGUUAAUCACGACAUCUGCACAAGAAAAUCAGACAUGUGGUUCUUUGUGUUACGAGCCACCUCUUUUGGCUGGUUCAGUUCCUUUAGAUUCUCUUCAUUUAAGUAUUCUCUGCAUGCAGAAUGAGUAUUGUUCUAAGUUGUCACCGAUGGGUUUCAUCACACCACCUCGUGGGAGGGAUAGUGAAUUAUGUACAGAGACCCCUGAAUCAAUAUUGAAAAAGGCUGCUAAUACUUAUCCUAACACUCCUUCCAUAUAUAGGAGGAGAAAAACUGGAGUCCAAGCAAUUACUUCUCCAAGUAAAUUUUUGAAAGUAGAUAAUGAUUCACAUGCUUCUAAUGAUCCGGAUAAAACCAAAAAUAAUUCUGGUUCUGAAGUUCAGACAUUAUCGGAGAGUCCCGCAAGCCAUGGAAAGAAGAGUGUUAUUCUCAAUAAUAAGGCGUUCAAUGCAUCUCCACCAUACCGGUUAAGAACUAAACGAACAGAAGUUGUCAAGUCUGUGGAGAAACAACUUGAGUUUGCAUUUGACAAAGAGAAGAAUGAUGACAGUAUGAACACAGUGGAAAAAUCUGCAAAGAGGAGCAAUGUUUUGACUGAGGAUUGCCUGCAUGAAAGAAAAUUGGUUGUGACGUAGUGCAUAAAAUUUGAUUAUGGCUGGACUUGCUCUUGAAGCUGGCUGAUUGUUUCUCUAAAUUGAUAGACAAAGUUUACCACUUUUUUUACCAAGUUAAAUUCAUAUUGCAGAGUCAAAAUGACUUGGCACCGAUCUACUUGAGAGCUGCCUUUUGUUUUCCAUCAUCACUCAUCAACAGAAUUCAGCAACAGUAGGAGUCUCCUAUGUGUAGAAUAAGGAUUGAUAAAUUCCAUUUACUUGUUUAUACAUAUAUUUAUUAUUUUUGUACAGUUACAUGUUAGGAAAAAUAAAUCUUCUAAAGUUUCGUCAUUAUUUUAAGAUUUAUUCAUACUCUUAACUAAA